GGUGUCGAGAUACACGCGCGCGCGCGCGCGCGUGAUGUAAAUCUAAUUUUCGGAUCAUACCCGGCUUGUUUCGACCGCAGCAACGGAAGAAAGACAAUUAUGUGAUUAUCGGGUGCUACGCGUAACGUUUAAAAUGAAUUUUGUUAUUUGUAAUUAAUCGCAGUUGAACAUAACCAAUAUUAAAUGAACACUGGAAUUUAAUAUAAUAGUAAUAGUAGGAUUGUCAUCAUAAGAGUGUGAUUGUACAUGUUUGAAUAUUUUACUCGAAUUUUAUGGGAUAUUAAAUUAUUUCUAUCCCUCUAUAAAUAUAAUAUUUACUCGAAUACGUAGCAAAUAUUUUGUACGCAACAUGGACUUGAAAGUGUUACUGCAGAACAGCAUUUCAACAAAGAAAUUGGAGAACAAUCCUGAGGAGAGUGAGAAGAGUGAAGAUGAAUACUUUCAAAAGAUAUAUCAACAAUGGAAGGGCAUAAAAGCUAAAAACGACGACUCCACUUAUAAAGUCAUACCAAAAUUCUACUUCAAGCUGCCAAAGGAGGAUGAGAUCUUGCCACAAAAAUUACGCGAGGAGACUCGUGCCUUGUUCCUGCAAAGACGUUCUCGACAACUGCUGGAUAACAACGAACUGAAAGCACUGUGGGUGCUGUUAGACAAACAUCACAGUCCACCCUUGUCGGGGGACGAACAGUUGAUCAAUUAUGAGGACUUUAAGAAAGUGGGCAAGCUAGCAGGGACAAAAUGCAGCCCGUAUUUCACCGCAGUUGUCUUCGCCAAACUGCAGCAAGGUGAUCCGCAUGGCAGAAUCAGUAUCAUGGCGUUGUUCAAUUACGUUAUGAGGAAAGUUUGGCUGCACCAGACGAGGAUUGGUCUUUCGUUGUAUGACGUUACGGGACAGGGAUAUUUGAGGGAAUCGGAUCUAGAAAACUACAUCUUGGAAUUAAUACCGACGUUGCCGCAGCUGGAAGGUCUCGAGAAAUCGUUCCAUUCGUUUUACGUGUGCACGGCGGUCAGAAAGUUUUUGUUUUUCCUGGAUCCCCUUCGGACGGGACGGGUGCGUAUCCAGGAUAUCCUCGCGUGUAGCUUUCUCGAUGAUCUCUUGGAGCUGAGAGACGAAGACUUGCCAAAGGACUUGCAAGAAGCGAACUGGUUCUCCGCACCUUCGGCGCUUAAGGUGUAUGGGCAGUACCUUAAUCUCGACAGAGAUCACAACGGAAUGCUAAACAAAGAGGAGCUCGCUGGAUACGGCACUGGUACCCUGACUGGCGUCUUUCUUGAACGGGUGUUUCAAGAAUGCUUGACGUACGAGGGGGAAAUGGACUACAAGACGUAUUUAGAUUUCGUUUUGGCGUUGGAAAAUCGACACGAGCCUCAGAGCCUUCAUUAUCUCUUCCGCAUUCUCGACAUCAAUAAUCGCGGUUACUUGGAUACUUUUUGUCUCAAUUAUUUCUUCAGGGCUAUACAGGAGCAGAUGACGAUGCACGGCCAGGAACCGGUUAGUUUCGAGGACGUUAAAGACGAAAUAUUUGAUAUGGUGAAGCCGGCGGAUCCGUGUAAAAUUACGCUGCAGGAUUUACUAUCCUGUGGACAAGGUGACACAAUGGUCAGUAUUUUAAUCGAGUUCCACGGCUUUUGGGCGUACGAAAAUCGGGAAGCCAUGGCAGCUGAUACUGGCGAUGAAUCAUCUCAUCCUGAUAGCCUGGCGUCUGAGACUAAUGUGACUAAUGAGCUCAACAAGGAGAACAGCGAAGAAUUUGCGGCCUGUAACGCGCGCUCCAAGCUGCAGAGACUUGGAAAACUAUAUUCCGACGACAGUAAUUACGGAUUAAGUUCUCCUAUACACAGAACUGAGGAAAAAUUCAGUGCAGAGGAAGAUAAUGUGGGCCACGCCAAGCCGGUAAGAAGAGGCGCUCGACUCGACCGAUUAGCCGCUUUAGCUUCGACAAUCAAUAAUUGGGAAGAUGAUCUGUCUCAUCCAUCGUUAAAUAAUGCAAAGGCCAAAUCGCCAGAGAGCAAAGCAGAAAGGAUACAAGCAAAAUUUAAUGAACAAGUUAAAGCUGCGUCGGAGCCACAGCCGAGCACGAGUCGGGAUAGCAGAUGGAUUGAUAAUCAGAAAAAGCAGAAAGAUCCAAGUCCAGCUAGACAUUUAAAGUGGGAUAAGAACGUGUUGGACAGCCUGGAGGCCCAAGGCUUCAGCCGCACGAAAAGCAAUUCUCGCCUUGUGUAUGACUAUAAGCAUUGUUCUCAGGAAUCAAACGCGGCUGCAAGUCGUUUGUCGCCUAACAAGUUCACAAGGCAGGCGGAAGGAAAGAGGCAAGUGUCGCCUAGCAAAUCCGUCGAGUCACCGAAAGGCAAAAAAAUCGGAGAUAACGCGUCCGGGAGUCCGACCAGCUCCUCGAAAAGUAGUGACAGUAAAUGUUCCAGCACUCCUGAGAGAGUUACCAAAAGCGCGAAUACCACUAGCAGCUCUCGAUUACCAUCGAGAACUGGGUUUAACGGUUCGCCAAAGACUUUGGUCCAACCUUCAGGUUCAGUGUUGAGCAAGGCGUCGAUGUUCGAGGCGAAGAACGCGGACACGAAGGUGAAGGAUCCCGCUCAGACGUCGCUCGCCGAGAGAAUGGCGUUCUUCGAACGAAACAAGGGGCAAGCACCCUUGAUACCGAAGGCCCCGCUCACGAUGUCGAUACCACCGAAAAAGUUGCAGGAGAAGGACAACGCGCACCCAGACUCAUCUCCGCUGAACAAUCGAAACGUCGAAGCUGCGAGCAAGACGGUUGUCGAGCAACGUGCAAUAUUCGAGCAAGGCAACAACCGAAACAAAGUCGAGGAAAUGGAGAAUCACAUUUUGCAAGCCACUGGUGCCGAGAGACAGCGCGAAUUGGACAUGUUGCGCGCACGCUUCAACGUCAAUAAGGAUAUCGCCCGCGCUGCCGCUGGAUCCUGCGUCCGAACGAGCGAGAGUAGCGAAGGGGGUGGCAAAUCGGCCUCACCGAAAAGCUCGCUCGUCUGUCCGGUGAAGCCGACACCCGCUCCGGAUAAUGUUGCUCCACCGCCGCCACCUCCGCCGCUACCACAACCUGAAAUCAUAUCUUAUCACGCGAAAACUUCAACGAAGAGACAAGUUGUUGGAAGUCCACCCAAGCUUCCGCGCUCGAAGACGUCCGACAUCAAGCGUAUUCGCGUGUGUGCUCCGAAACCAGGAUCUCUCUAUCCCAAUCUAUCCGAGAUCGAAGUCACAGAGAGCGAAAGUGAUACCGAAUACACCGUGGGCAGUACCGAAGCUGUGACGGCGACUCUAGACGAGAGAAGUGAUACUGAAACGGGCACCGAGGCCGAAUACUACGUUCAGGACGAAACCGAUGACGAAACUGAAAGUGAAUGGGAGAAUAUUCAGAAUGUAUGUAUUGGACGCACAAGUCUGGGACGCGUUAUCAUGCACGAGUUAAAUGAACGCUCGCUGUUCAACAAGAAGAGGUCCAUAGAGCCAGAUCCAGACAGCUCCACGACGACGGACAUCUCGGUACUUGACGAGAUGGAUCAGUUCUUGGACGACUGUCUCGAGAUGCAGGAAGAGACUGACGUGAGGGAGGAAGGCCCGACUCCACCGAAAGUGAACAAGAGCGGCAAAAGUCCAAUGGCGGCGUACAACUUCAAGUCGCCUUUAAAAAUGACCUCUCCUUCGAAGAAAACCGAGAGGAUCCCUUACGUGGAGAGCAGCGGCCGCCACGUUCCUCUGCUGCGAACAGUUAGCUCGUACAGGCGUCAGCAAUCUGAGUUGAAGGCGCGUUCAACCGCACGACCCGCGACGGGAGCGGAUCCUUCUUUCAGCGAACAGAAGCCAACUCGCGAAAACGAGACGAUACUUGUUGAAUCGAAGGUAAGACUAUUGCUGGACGAAGUUUGUACGCAACAAAAGAAGAUUGAGGGAGCCAGCAAAGCACUGAAUUUGUGUCAUUCCACCGUCGAGUUCAACGGCUCUAGCGAACACGUCGGUGGAGAGUGGGCUCUGCUUGUCGCCACUCAUAAACGCCAAGCUGCGUUGAAUGAAGUGCAGAGGCUGAAGCGGGAAGGCACGUUGCGACCCGUGAAGGCGGGCUCAUCGGAGGUGCAGGGAAGCGGGUCUUUAACCAUUUCGGCUAUCACGUUGCCACUCAAGCAAGAAUAUUUCCGGAACAUGGGCAUCAACACCUAUCUUCACUCUGUCUGCUUGAUGUACUACUUGGGCGAGGUAGUUGCCACGCAAGCGGCCACCGCCGAACCCGGCGACUCGUGCAUCCGCUUUACCUCGACGCUGAAACUCGACGAUCUACACAGCGAUUUCAAGAUCGACGUUGAAGUAUACUGUCUCGAAACACAACCGAAGUAUCUGCCUCACGAAAAGAAAUAUCACAUCAAUCACAACGGUGCAAAAGCGGUGAAUAAGACGCCGAAAAAGAAGAACCAGUUCGUGAUGCCCGAGAUACAGAGCCCAGCCGGACCGAACGUCAUCAGGUCGCCUGCCUUUCAACUGUGCGGCUCCACUGCGAUUACUCUCAACGACAUUAAUCGCGAGCAAUUCACGCUACGUGGGAUCUCACCGUAUACGCCGUUGGAAGGACACCUGCGAAUGCGCAUGUCUCAGAAGCUCGCGGUAUCGGUGGAGCAUCGUGGAUUUCUGACCAUCUUCGAGGACAUCUCGAAGUUGGGCUUCUGGCAUCGCAGAUGGUGCGUGCUCAGAGACGCCAAACUGUAUUACUGGGUGCACCCUGAGGACGAACACGAGAAGAACCCAGUGGGACAUCUCGACUUGGAAGGUGUAUUUACGAAGAACGUACAAUUCGUAAAUCGGGAGAAAUGUGCUCGACCAUUCACAUUUCUGCUCGAGACAACGAGAGCUGCACAGCCAGGGGACGCUGAUGGGCUCAUCGUGAAGACGAAUGGAAUUCAAACGACAAUAGAGCACUUCUUGUUAGCCGACACGAGGGAGGAAGGACUGCAGUGGAUGUCGAAAUUCAAUAAAACUUUGAGCUUGAUUAGAGCGUGGGGACCGUUCAGGGAUCCGGCUUAGAAAGUUGAGCUCGUUAAUCUCGGGUAACGUAUUAAGCUACGUUCUGGUUGACACAACGCAGGAAACACGCAUCGCGUCGUCCGUAUGUCGUCUGACGUAACGCAGGCUAAAAUGUUUCAUUUAACACGUAACAUUGAAAAUAGAAGUCUAACUCGCUAAAAGAUCAUGUCGGCACACUACUCUCGUCUAAGUGUCAGUAGAAAAAUAAUCUCACCUGUUUACCCACGUGUGAGAAAGUAUGGAAAGUGUGGAAUUUCGCGUGUUCAAACAAAACUCGAAUUUUCAAUUCGCGAUUUCAAUUUCACAUGAGUUGCACGUAAUGAUGAAUUUAUCUUAACAAUUCAUGUGUUUCAUUUGAUAUGAUUUGAUUAAUUGUUUAUGGAUUGUUUAAUCUGGAAUAAAAGUGAUUAAUAGCGUUUAUUAUACUGAAGGAAGACUUGGUAUAAUUUUGUUAGUACUAUAAUUGUAUUAUUACAAUGUAAUAGUGAGGAUGAUUAAACGGUAGUUGAUACGAUUAUUUGCAAUUGCAAAUGAUCGGUUUAAUGGUAUUACGUUUUCUUCGAGGCGCGUUUGAUCGCGCUGAAAGCUUUCCGAGCGUUUGUUUACGCAGAUUCACACACCGAGUAAUUAUACGUAUAUUUUAUAAUAUUAGACAUUAUUUAGAUACAUAAAUAAAGAUAUUAAAGAGAUUGUAAAUAGAAAAAUUAUAAGAAAUCAAUUUUUAACAUGAGUAUAUUGAGAUAUUUAUAUGUGUAAAGUUACGUACACAUUAAUGUAUAACUAAUUAUAUAUUAACCUGAUCUUGAUAAUCGCGUUAUUGUACUCGCGCUAAUCCAUAGUUUUGCAGCGUAGGUUCUUAUGUGACAGAACCUUUUGUACCGAAUUAAAUGGCUGCUUUUACAACACGA